CGCUCGAUCCCGCCCGCCGGCUUCGGUCUGUUGUUUUGAUUCCGCCUCCUGCUGCAUAUUUCUUCCCACCAUGUUUACUGGGCUUGUUGAGAAGAUUGGGACGGUCUCGUCCCUCGAGCCCCUCGAUACCUCGUCAAGCGGGGGCGGGGGUACUUCGCUGACCAUCACCGAUUGCGAGGAGAUCCUCGUUGAUGCGCAUCUCGGUGAUAGCAUCGCUGUCAAUGGAACCUGCCUCACAGUCACAGCCUUCGACAAGACCUGGUUCAAAGUCGGCGUCGCCCCAGAGACCCUCCGCCGCACGAACCUCGGCAGUCUGCAGACGGGCUCGAAGGUGAACCUGGAGCGCGCGGUGCUCGGCGAGACGCGGAUGGGCGGCCACUUCGUGCAGGGCCACGUCGACACGAUUGCGCAGAUCCUCUCCGUCACGCCGGACAGCAACGCCCUGGUGUUCCGCUUCCAGCCGCGCGACCAGGGCGUCAUGCGGUACAUCGUGGAGAAAGGCUACGUCACGCUGGACGGCGCCAGCCUGACGGUCACCAAGGUCGUGGACGGCGCGGAGGGGUUCUUCGAGGUCAUGCUCAUCGCGUACACCCAGGAGAAGAUCGUGACGGCCGCCAAGAAGCCCGGCGAUUAUGUGAAUGUCGAGAUCGAUAUCGUGGGCAAGUAUGUGGAGAAGAGCGUGCAGGCGUACUUUGCUGGUUCGGCCUCUGCGGGUGGGGAUUUCAGCGUGCUGGAGAAGAUGGUGUCUCGGAUUGUGGAUGAGAAGUUGAAGCGGUGAUUUUUCGAUCAUCACUGGAAAGCAAGGAACAACAAAAAAAGCGAAAAACAACCAAUGAUUCAGUUGACCUAUGACGGUAAUGAGUUUACGUAGUUUCAUGAUUGAG